CUGGCAACUGUAGCAGGAAAGAAGGGCAAGAAGGCAGAGGAGGAGGAGCAGCCUGCAGCUAAAGCAGCAGCAGUGAAGGAGGAAGAGGAGGAGUAUGAGGUGGAGAAGGUUUUGGACCGCAGAGUGGUGAAGGGAAGAGUAGAGUUUCUGCUGAAAUUUAAGGGGUUCUCAGAUGAAGAUAACACAUGGGAGCCUCAAGACAACCUGGACUGCUCCGACCUUAUCGACAAGUACAUGCAGAAACACAAGGAGAAGGAGGGCAAGAGGAAAGUUGUCAAUGAGGCCUCGGGAGACUCAGAGGAGCGAGGGAGCAAGAGGAAGAAGAAGGAGAAAAGAAGAGGAGGAGAGGGACCCAAAUGUCACCACUCUCAGCAAUGUGACAAAUCCUUCACAAUAUCAAACUAUUUAAAGAUUCAUCAGAGAGUUCACACUGGAGAGAAGCGUUACAGCUGUGAUCAAUGUGAGUCAGCUUUCACACGACAGAGUACCCUAAAAAGACAUCAACGCAUUCACACUGGAGAGAAGCCGUACAGCUGUGAUCAAUGUGGGUCAGCUUUCACAAUACACAAUACCCUAAAAAUACAUCAACGCAUUCACACUGGAGAGAAGCCGUACAGAUGUGAUCAAUGUGAGUCAGCUUUCGCACGACAGAGUACCCUAAAAAUACAUCAACGCAUUCACACUGGAGAGAAGCCGUACAGAUGUGAUCAAUGUGGGUCAGCUUUCACACGACAGAGUACCCUAAAAAUACAUCAACGCAUUCACACUGGAGAGAAGCCGUACAGAUGUGAUCAAUGUGGGUCAGCUUUCACAAUACACAGUACCCUAAAAAUACAUCAACGCAUUCACACUGGAGAGAAGCCGUACAGAUGUGAUCAAUGUGGGUCAGCUUUCACACUACAGAGUACCCUAAAAAUACAUCGAUAUAUUCACACUGGAGAGAAGCUGUACAACUGUGAUCAAUGUGAGGCAGCUUUCACGCAACAGCAUCACCUACAUAGACAUCAACGUAUUCACACUGGAGAGAAGCCUUACCUCUGUGAUCAGUGUGGGGCAGCUUUCACACGUCAGAACCACUUAAAGAGACAUCAACGCCGUCACACUGAAGAGAAGCUGUACAGCUGUAUUCAAUGUGAGGCAGCUUUCACGCAACAGAGUCACCUAAAUAGACAUCAACGUAUUCACACUGGAGAGAAGUUGUACAGCUGUGAUCAAUGUGAGGCAGCUUUCACGCAACAGAGUAACCUAAAAAGCCAUCAACGCAUUCACACUGGAGAGAAGCCGUAUAGAUGUGAUCAAUGUGGGUCAGCUUUCACAAUACACAGUACCCUAAAAAUACAUCGACGCAUUCACACUGGAGAGAAGCCGUACAGAUGUGAUCAAUGUGGGGCAGCUUUUACACAACAGAGUCACUUAAAUAGACAUCAUCGCAUUCACACUGGAGAGAAGCUGUACAGCUGUGAUCAAUGUGGGGUAGCUUUCGCACAACAGAGUCACCUAAAAAACCAUCAACGCAUUCACACUGGAGAGAAGCCGUACAGAUGUGAUCAAUGUGGGGCUGCUUUCGCACAACAUAGCCACCUAAAAAUACAUCAACGCACUCACACUGGAGAAAAACCGUACUGGUGUGAUCAAUGUGGGAAAACUUUUUCUGAGAGUUGUAACUUUAAAAAACACCAGCGCAUUCACACUGGAGAGAAGCCGUAUGGCUGUGAUCAAUGUGAGGCAGCUUUCGCACGACCGAGUUACCUAAAAAACCAUCAACGCAUUCACACUGGAGAGAAGUAUUACAGCUGUGAUCAAUGUGAGGCACCUUUCACACGACUGAGUCACCUAAAAACACAUCAACGCAUUCACACUGGAGAGAAGCCGUACUGGUGUGAACAAUGUGGCAAAACUUUUUCUGAGAGUGGUAACCUUAAAAAACACCAGCGCAUUCACACUGCCUCGUGAACAUGUUUUCAGAGCCAAGCUGUUUCCCCCUGCGUGUAUGUUAUUGUGGCUACGACUACAUAUUACGUUC